AUGCGCAACUUGGUGCUGACAGCGCGGCGCGCUGGUGUGCAGGCAUGCUGUGCGGGUCCAUCGCGCCUGGCAUUGUCCACUGUGCGGCGUGCAUCGACGAGGGCCGAGGCGAAACCGAAACGACGAACCACGGUGGCCUACUCUUCGAUCCCCGACCAGGCGCUCGGAUCGGACGGUGAGCCUCUGCCACCGCUGGACGCCAUCACACCGCACCCGGUUCGAAAGCGCGUCUCGAAGCGCAAACCGAAAUCGGCCACCACCACCGCCACCCCGAACGCAGGCGCAGAGGAUGCAGAGGAGGCGGUUCGGUGGCCGCCGCUCGCCCAGUCGGUGCGCGACGACAUGGCGCGCUUCCCGCACACGAUCCUGCUCACGCGCGUCGGCGGCUUCUACGAGUCGUACUUCGACCAGGCCCCCUCGCUCGCGUCGAUGCUGGGGAUCAAGCUGGCGAACCGUCGGUGGGGCGGUCAGGACGUCCCCAUGGCAGGCUUCCCGAUCUUCCAGCUCGAAAAGUAUCUCAAGAUCCUCGUGCUCGACCACGGCCUGCUGGUGGCCAUAGCCGAGGAGUUCAGAUCGACAGAGGGCAAUGCGGUCGAGAUCGCACGCAGGGUCAACCGCAUCGUGAGCCCGGGCACGCUGAUCGACGAAAAGUUCCUCGACCCGUUCGUCAACAACUUUAUCGUCGGCAUCAGCGCCUCCAACGGCAGGUUUGGGCUUGCCUGGCUGGACGUGGGCACGGCUGACUUUAAUUCGGCCGUGUGCGGCGACUUCAACACGCUCCGGGACGAGAUCGCGCGCAUCGGACCGCGCGAGGUCGUCAUCGAUGCAGGCACCAUCCACGCCCUCGAGGGCACAUCUUCCACAGCUGGGGAUGGCCGCGAGUGCAUCGAUGUUCGAGAGCUUGUCCCCGACCCGAGCGUGUACAUCUCGCACUUUACGCCCACAUCAACACCGGACUCGGAGGACGCUGGGGUGGCGGGGCUGGAUGCGCUCGAGCGGGGGACGGUGCAGGUGUUGCUGGGCUACCUGCGCACGCGGCUGCUGGACUCCGAUUCGUCGCUCGAUGCCCUCACGCACGCGCGGCCGCUGCACCAGCGGCUCGAUUCGGCCAUGCAGAUCGAUGCACACACGCUCGCCGCGCUCGAGAUCAAAGAGGGUGCGCGCGAGGGCGGCCUGCGCGGCUCGUUGUUCAGCGUGCUUCGUCGAACCGUCACGCGCGGCGGGACGCGGCUGCUGCAACAAUGGCUCUGCCACCCCUCGACGUCGGUAGGCACGAUCGAGGCGCGGCUGGACAUGGUCGAGAUGCUGCUGCACCAGCGCGGGCUGCGCGAAGACCUGCGCACCACCCUCCGCACGGGCGCGGGCGAUACCACGCGCGUGCUCCAAAAGCUCGCAGCGAGGCGCAACGACGAACAGGACCUGCUGGAGCUGCGCGAUGCCAUCAAGACCACCACGCGCGUCACGCGGCUCCUGCACGCCGAGCGCGCCCAUGCGCCCAGAGCGGCAGCGACGCUGCAAAUGUGGGGGGAAAAGUUUACGGAUCUCGGCGAGCUGGCCACGAAGCUGGGGGAUGCGAUUGACGAGCGCGUGAUCGAGCAGCGGCUGGCGCGACAGCAGGAGAUGGCCAACGACGUGCAGGACGUUGCGGCCGAAACGACGCGCGCCAAGAUCCGCAGCCUGGCCGGUCGCAAAGCAUCCCAGUCAGGCGAGGAGGAGUUGUGGGGCGACGAGUUCGAACACCUCAUCCGACCGGCGUCGUCCAAGAUGCUGGGUAGCCUCACGCGCACGCAUCGGCAGCUGCGUCGCGCCGCACGCCAGCUCGAGGUGCAGUUCCAGCAGGCGUAUGGCGGCGACCACGUGUCGCUGCGCCACGUCAUGGGUCAGGGCUACGUGGUCCACUCGCGCGGCAAAGCUCUCUCGGCGCCAGCAUUUCACGACGGAGCGGAGGAUGUGAGCGUGCACAUCGCGGGCAAGAACCGGUCGACGCACACGUACUACGCGGCCGCAUGGACGGCGCUCGGCUCGCGCCUGGAUGCGCUGGCGAAAGAGAUGCAGGCGGUGGAAGCGGUGGAGCUCGAAACGCUGCGUCAGACGGUACUCGUUCAAGCCUCGGCCCUGCGUCAGAACGCCGCGCUGCUCGACCAACUCGACGUGUUGCACUCCUUCGCACAGGCUGCCGAGGAGUACAACCUCGUCCGACCGAGCCUGGACACUUCCACCUCGCUCACCGUUCGGGGCGCGCGCCAUUUGUCCGUCGAAAUAGGCCUGCUGGAACGAGGUCGACUCUUUACGCCCAACGAUCUGUCUCUGGACGCGGAUGAGCGCGUGCAGGUGAUCACCGGACCCAACAUGGGCGGCAAAUCCACCUUCCUACGCUCCAUCGCACUGCUCACCAUCCUUGCCCAGAGCGGAUGCUUUGUCCCCUGCCAAUCCAUGCACCUCGGUCUGGUCGACCGCAUCUUCUCGCGCAUCGGCGCCAACGACGACCUCUUCCGCGACAAGAGCACCUUCAUGGUCGAAAUGUCCGAGGUCGGCGAGAUACUCCACCGCGCCACGCCUCGCAGCCUCGUCAUCGCCGACGAAAUCGGCCGCGGCACAACCAAUCUCACCGGCAUCGCUGUUGGAUUUGCAACACUGGCCACCCUCGUAGAGAGGGGGUGUAGGACCUUGUUCGCUACGCACUUUCACGAAAUCACCGACCUGGUGGCCGAAAAUACCGACCCGGCGUUCGCAGCCGUCAGCUUCUACGCUUCCGACGUCGAACAACACGACGCCGGCUUGGUCUACAGCCAUACACUCCGACGCGGCGUCAACCGCAAGAGCUACGGCAUCCAGGUCGCUCGCAUCGCCAACGUGCCCCAACCCACACUGGAGCUCGCCCAAUCCACGCUUGCCCGUCUCGAGUCAUCGCACCACACAUAG